AUGCAUUCGUCACGAAAGCUGCGCUUCCGCAUAGUAUCCAACGACAUCGUGGACACGCUGAUAGGAAUGUCUGCCGCACCCCGACUGAUGCCUGGAGCAGCCUCGAUCCCGAAGAUGCCAGCCGGCAAGAAGCUCGACACGGUGGCGUCGCGGGCAGUCAGCUCGUCGGCCUCGACGCCGUCGCUGCGGGCUCGCGAUGGCACAUUACCGCCUCACGCCCGACUGGACGCCGGGGGCAAUGUGAGAGUGGUUGUGCGCGUACGGGCGUUUCUGCCGAGGGAGAGGGAAAAAAAGACGGAGUGUCUGAUCCGCAUGGACCCGAUCACGCAGGCGACGACGCUGCUGGCACCCCCAAGCAGCGACGGUAGCGAGGACAGUUCGACAGCAGGAUGGGCCAAGGCGACAUCACGACGAGUGGAGGACCGGUCGUUUACGUUUGACAACUCGUUCUGGAGCCACGACAGCGCGGACGGGCACUACGCAACGCAGGAGGACGUGUACAACAGCCUGGGCGAAGAGUUUCUAGACCACAACUUUGAGGGCUACCACACGUGCAUCUUUGCAUACGGGCAGACGGGAUCGGGCAAGAGCUACACGAUGAUGGGGACGCCGACACAGCCGGGGCUGAUCCCGCGGACGUGCGAGGACCUCUUCCAGCGAAUUGAGGCGGCACAGGAAGAGACGCCCAACAUUGCGUACAACGUGCGGGUGUCGUAUUUUGAGGUGUACAACGAACACGUGCGCGACCUGCUGGUGCCGGUGGUGGCCAGCCAGCCGCCGUACUACCUCAAGAUCCGCGAGUCGCCGACGGAGGGGCCAUAUGUGAAGGACCUGACGGAAGUGUCGGUGCGCAGCCUGGACGAAAUCCUGCACUACAUGCAGAUGGGCGAUGCCUCGCGGACGACAGCGUCGACCCGGAUGAACGACACGUCGAGCCGCAGCCACGCCGUCUUCACGAUUCUGCUGCGGCAGAUCCACCACGACAUGGACACAGACGAGACGACGGAGCGCAGCUCGCGCAUCCGGCUGGUCGACCUGGCCGGCAGCGAGCGGGCCAAGGCGACCGAGGCGACGGGCCAGCGGCUGCGCGAAGGCAGCAACAUCAACAAGUCGCUGACGACGCUGGGCCGAGUGAUCGCGGCCCUGGCGGAUCCGGUUCCGAGCAAGAAGAAGCGGCAGGCGGCCAAGAGGCGCAGCGACCAGGUGGUGCCCUACCGCGACUCGAUCCUGACCUGGCUGCUCAAGGACUCGCUGGGCGGCAACUCCAAGACGGCGAUGAUCGCGUGCAUCGCGCCGGGCGACUACGGCGAGACGCUGUCGACGCUGCGGUACGCCGACCAGGCCAAGCGCAUCCGCACGCGCGCAGUUGUCAACCAGGACAGCAUGUCGACGGCCGAACGCGACGCCCAGAUCACGGCCAUGGCCGAGGAGAUUCGCCAGCUGCAGCUGUCCGUGUCGGACUACUCGCGGCGGCGCGAAAAGGACGCGCAGCAGCAGGAGGAGCGGCUCGAGGAGUACCAGAGCCGCGUGUCCGCCAUGCAGCGCAUGACCGAGGAGAAGACGCUCGUGGCCGAGGGCAAGAUCCGCAGCCUGCAGACCGAGAACGAGGCCCUGCGCCUGCAUCUCAAGCUGGCCCUGGACUCGCUCAAGAACCCGAUCCCGGCAGUGGGCCACGAAGACAAUGCACCCAAGCCGAAGCGCCUGUCGUCCGUCUCGUCCAUCUCUGGCAUGUCCUCGAUCUCGUCGCUGUCCAUCCUGUCGACCGACAGGGACGACAAGGGCGACAGCGAACCACUGGACGAGUACGACGACUACGACGAGUACGACGACGGUGAGGACGGCGAGGACGGCGAGGACGGCGAGGCCGAGGCCGAGGCCGAGAUCUACAACGAUGAGCAGGACGACGACAUGGAGGAAUACAUGCAGUCGCUGCUGGCCGAUCUCGGCCUGUUCCGGCGCAAGAUUGGCGACGACAAGCAGCGCUUCGUCGGCGACGCGGCCACGGCAGCCAGCCGACCACCUUUGACACCGCUGGCCAAUGUUUGA